AUUUACAUCACUCGACAGAAGUAUUUUUGCUUGUUUUAAUAAAUGAAUAAACGAAUAAGCAUAUUUCUAGUAUGCGCCUCAGGAUUGCAGGGUAUUAUAUUGUCAACUCGCUCAUCAGAAUCUUCGGUAAUCCUCGGCUAACUUCGACUGUUGGUUUAUCCGGCUCAAUCGGUUCUUUUUUAGUUGGACUACUUCGGCUGUGCGUCCUGCGUCAUCAACCCGGAACUAAAGUUCGAUUCAGUUCGUUUUGUUAACUUACUACUUACUUGCUGAGAACAGGCUCAAAGGAACGAUUCGUUCAAGAACAAAUCUACUAUGCAGUGCGUUGUCGCAAUCACCUUUAGUGCAGCUCACCGCAUUUUUCUCCCCAGACUCAAAACAUCUCGCUUUGUUCAGCUCCGCAGCAUGUCUCAGUUCAAACUCCCCGUCACUGUUCUGGGCUGCAAUGCGUUCGGUGGCCGCGCGGACGCGCACCUGAGCGCGCAGCUGGUGCAGAUGUUCUUAGAGCGCGGGCACGGUGAGCUUGACACCGCGUUCAUGUACAAUGAUGGACAGGCGGAGACCAUCAUAGGGAACAUGCAGCUUCCGAAAACAGUUCGAAUUGCGACUAAAGCAAACCCCUGGGAAGGGAAAACUCUCAAACCAGAGAGUGUCCGGAAUCAGCUGGAAACGUCCCUGAAGAGGCUGCGCACACAAUGUGUGGACCUGUUUUACCUGCACGCACCAGACCACCAGAACCCCAUUCAGGACACACUACAGGCCUGCAAUGAGCUGCGUGAAGAGGGCAAAUUCAAAGAGCUGGGUUUAUCAAACUAUGCAUCAUGGCAAGUGGCAGAAAUCUACUGCAUCUGCAAACACAACAACUGGGUGCUCCCUACUGUUUAUCAAGGCAUGUAUAAUGCAACCACACGCCAAGUGGAGACCGAACUGCUGCCGUGUUUGAGAUACUUUGGCAUACGUUUCUAUGCAUACAAUCCCCUGGCAGGUGGGCUUCUCACUGGGAAAUAUCACUAUGAAGAUAAAGACGGCGCUCAGCCUACGGGCCGAUUCUUUGGGAACAGUUUAGCUGGUGCUUACAGAGACAGAUACUGGAAGGAGAGUCAUUUUAAAGCCAUAGAUGGCAUCCAGAAGGCUCUGGAAGCAGCGUACGGCUCAGAGAAACCCACCCUGACGUCAGCAGCUGUUCGCUGGAUGUAUCAUCACUCUCAUCUGAAGGGUGAUCUGGGUGACGGGGUCAUCAUCGGGAUGUCCAGCACAGAGCAACUGCGUGAGAACCUGACGGCAGGAGCAGAAGGUCCGCUCAAACAGGAAGUCGUGGACGCUUUCAAACACGCCUGGGAUUUAGUGACCCAUGAAUGUCCAAACUACUUUCGCUAGACGCCCCAUUACAAUCAGAGAAAAUACUAACAAUAAUAUGAAGCCUGAUUUUUAAUAACAUAGAGAUCACUUUAUCUUUCUAUGUGAACAGUGAUGAAUUGACAUGGAGCAGCCUUCAGCUUCCUAAUAAACACAAUGACAAAAUUAAAACCUCUUUCUGAGCUCACCGACACUUGAUUUUUCAACUUGUUUAAAAGAGAAUGCAAUAAAAAUAAUGCAAUAGUGGCAUCUUGAGGAAUCACUGUGUUUUGCGGUCUUUUUUCUAAAUAAAUUGCUAAAAUUACUUAUAUUUAACACUUAAAAAAACGUGUAUUUUUGUUGAAAACUAGUUGAAAUUAGACAUUAAACAGAUGACUGUGACAGUAACGAAAAACACUCAAUAAAACGUUUCAUGGGUUUAUGUUGGAUGAACAAAAUUAAUGUUCACAAAAAAA